CAUCUUUCACUGGGUCACCAUGAUAUAUGCAUGAAAAGACUCAAGAUGCCAUGACAUACGUCUGCUAUUAUGGUCGUCCUGAUUUAUUCACUACAUUUACAUGUUAUCCUUCAUGGAAUGAUAUUAAAAAUGCAUUACUAUCUGGACAAAAGCCUCAUGAUCAUCAUGAUAUCAUUGCUAGGGUAUUUCACUUAAAAGUUAAGUCAUUAAUGACUGCUAACAAAGGGAAAUUUGUUUUAUAUAUUUUGUUGAAUAGCAAAAGCGUGGUUUGUCUCAUUUACACAUUUUGUUGUGGCUACAGCAAUGUAUUUCUCCAGAUAAAUUAGAUAGUAUUAUUUGUGCAGAGAUACCAGACCCUGCGAAAGAUCCUCUCCUUCAUGAAAUUAUAAAAGGCAAUAUGAUAAACGGGCCUUGCGGUAAUUUAAAUAACAGAUUACCCUGUAUGAAAGAAGGUAGCUGCACUAAGAAGUUUCCUCAACCUCUCUUUCAAGAAACUCAAACAGGAGAAGACGGAUGCCCAAAGUAUCGACGAAGAGCCCCAGGAGAUGGUGGUUUCACUGUUGAAAUCAAUGGUGUGACCCUUGAUAACCGUUGGGUAGUGCCAUAUAACCCUGUGCUCUCACGUACUUUCGGUGCUCAUAUUAACAUGGAGUACUGUAACUCUGUAAAAUCUAUAAAAUACAUAUGUAAAUAUGUCAACAAAGGGAGUGAUCAAGCAACAUUUAGUCUUAAAAAUGAAAAGGACGAAGUCGAACUAUAUGAAAGUGGGCGAUACAUCAGCAGCUCCGAGGCUGUAUGGAGAAUUCUGGCUUUACCCAUCCAUGAGAAGUUCCCUCCAGUUUUUCAUCUCACUGUGCAUUUGGAAAAUAGCCAGCGAGUCUAUUUUAACCCAAACGACGCCAAUCACUUAACAAAUAUUGUUAACAAUCCAGUAAAAACUACGCUUACAGCAUUUUUUGACUUAUGCAAAACCGAUAAUUUUGCAAAAACACUUCUUUAUGUUGAAGUUCCCUCUUUCUAUGUAUGGAAAAAUAACAGAUUUGAGAGAAGAAAACAUGGUAAUGACGUCGAUGGCUGGCCGGGAGUAAAAAAAGAUCAGACUUUAGGCAGGGUAUAUACCAUCCACCCUAAUAAUACUGAGUGUUAUUAUCUUCGCCUUUUACUACAUGAAAUCCGAGGCCCUACAUCUUUCAUAGAAUUGAAAACGGUUAAUGGUACAAUUCAACCCACAUACCAGUCUGCAUGUAAGGUUCUAGGCUUGCUAGAAGACGAAAGGCACUGGGAUGCAAUUAUGAUAGAAGCUGCGCUUUGUGAAUCUCUGUUUAGAUUAUGUGAACUUUUUGCAGUAAUGUUGAUGUUUUGUCAAUUGUCAGAUGCUUCAAAUCUUUGGGAGAAAUAUAAAGAUACCCUUUCGGAAGAUAUACAGCACAAAGUGAAGUUAGAGUUACAACAUAGAGAUGUUCAUCUAAUUUUAAAUGAAGUAUACAAUAAAUGCUUGGUGUAUCUUGAAGAUACAGUGCUGUCUUUAGGAGGCCAAUGCUUACAACAGUAUGGUUUACCUCAGCCAUCAAGAUGUAAUGAAGUGUUACAAAAUACAGACUAUCUCCGAGAGAUGAGCUAUGACUCAAAUAUUUUAGUACAGAUUGUAACUACUAAUGAAAAUUUGUUAAAUGACGAACAGUCUCACGUUUAUAGCCAAAUUUUAGAAAGCAUCAAAAAAGGCACUGGUCAAACAUUUUCCUUAGACGCUCCUGGCAGCGCCGGUAAGACAUUUUUGUCCUGAGUGAGAAAAGAUCGCCAGAUAGCAUUGGCUGUUGCUUCUUCAGGCAUUGCUGCAACAUUGCUGGAAGGAGGUAGAAAGG